UUUGUAAACAAAGAUGGAGGUUAUUGGAUAGUUUUCCGAAAUUAAAAUAAAUUUUCUUUGAUUUGCGCGCACGAAAGGGAAAAAGAAAUAUAUCACCACGCUUAUUGAUCCAGUAUCGAAUAAAUUCUUCAAGAUGAAUACGGAAGAAGUUUCAUUUUUAAAAGAUCAAGUCCAUAGGCUGACCCAUGAGCUGUCUAAAUAUAGAGGACAAGGGUUGAAUAUAGAAGAUGACUUGGAGAGUCCUUUACCUAAUGAUGGACCCCCAGCUCCCUGGCUUACUGAUAAAGGGUUGUUAUCUCCCCUUUUGGCAGAAUAUGACUCACAGAUAAAGGAAAUGCAGCAUCUUAUCAAUGCAUAUGAGAAUGAGCUUAAAAGUUUGAGGCCAGAAGUUUCCAGGCUGGUACAAGAAAAUGAACGACUAAAUGAGAAACUGAAGGAUGCUUUAAACUCCCAGCUACCAAGUAAUGGUACAGGCGACACAGAGCCUUUACAAGGUGAUGAAGAAAUUCUACAGAAUCUACAGAUGCAAGUAGAAACAGUUGUUCAGGAGAAAGAGGCAGCUGUAGAAAGAUGGCAUGAGGCGGAGCAAGAGAUUGAUAGGCUUCAACAUCAGUUACAGGAAGAGAAGAAUAGUCAUCAAUGGGGUGUUAUAGAACAACAAGCACAACAGAUGCAAUCAGAGUAUUUUGAGACAGUAAACCUGUUGAACAGAGAGUUAGAGCAAGUGCAGACAGAGUUACGGCAAACUAGACAAGAGUUAGAAACUGCCAGUUUACAAGUGAAGGAUUUAAGAAGAACCAAUAAAGAUUUGGAGCAACAACUUAAUUGGAAGGAUCAAGAGGUAGCUGAGGUGAUAUUUAAAGAAGGUAUUACAGAUAGUAAGGUGAAUGAACUAAAACGUAUUAUGGACGAUAGAAAAAGAAGAAUAUCUGGUUUAGAAGCAGAAGUAGAGGAGUUCAGGAGAGACAAACAAGCCCUGGAAGUUAGAAUUACAGAAAUGCAAAAACGAAAUUCUGAUGUGGCUAACAGAGAGUUGGAGGCUGUUGCACAGAUGAGGGAAGCUGUACAGAUGGUAGAGACUGCGGCCUUAGAGAAAGAACAGGCUGAAGUAUCCCUCCAGCAGAAAGAUGAGGAGUUGGAACAACUACGUGAAGUUAUAAAUAAACUGAUAAAUGAAGCUGGUGCUAGGACAAGACAAGAGGUUGAUCAAGUACGAGCACAGUCUAAUGACAGGAUACAGAAACUUACAGAAGAAGUUCACGCACUAGAGAUGGAUAAUUCCGAGAAACAAGACAAUCUAGAGAAAGCCAUCAGAGAGAAGAGGGCGGCCGAGUCUGAGCUGGAAAAAGUGUAUAAAGAAGGGGUUAAUCAGAUGAACAAAGACCAGGGAAGUUUUGAGAACAUGAACAAACGUGCCAUUAAUGCUGAGAGAGCUAGAGAUGAUGCCAACCUUCUAGUAGAAACAUUACAACAUAAACUGAAAAGGGAGGAAAUGAAUGCUCAACAGUUAAAGGAUCAGCUUGAGGGUCAGAUAAACAACUACAGGGAGAGAAUGUCGAGUUUACAACAAGAGUUUGAGAAUGUGAAUGAUGAUAGGGUUAAAUUACUAGAUGAUAUGGAUGUCUUAAAGAAGAAAUUACAGUCAGCUCAACAAGAGAAAGAGGCAGCUCAAAGAAAAUACCAAAAAGAGAUUACAAUAUAUGAACAAGAAAACAACAUGAAGAUCAGAGACUUUGAAGUUAAAUUACAAUCUACUGAAGAUGUUAACAGACAUUCCAUGUCAGAACUACAUAAAUUAUUAAAUGGUCAGCAAAGAAUGUGUGCCAGAUGGAAAGAAGAAUGUACAAGUAUUGCUCAGAAAUAUGAAACUAAGGUAACAGAUCUCAGGUCAGAAAUGGCUCAGCUUAAAAAGAGAAACCAUGAAGUGACUAAACUUCUCAAAGAUAGUCAAGAAAAAACUAUACAGGCAGAAAAGAUGAUACAGGAUUAUACACGAGGUAUACAGAGAAUGGAACAAAGAAUGAGAGAUUCUGAAAGUAGGGCAGCUGAUGCUUCCAAACAGUUAUCUCGACAUAUAUUGAGAGAGAAGCAAAUGGAGAGCGAGAGAAGAAGUUUAUCUCAGGAAUUAAAACGUAGUCAGAUGGAUGCCUCAACUAAAUCUGUUAGAUCAUUUUACAGUCAGAAGUCACCCAGAUGAUUUACAUAUAGCAGAUCUUGCCGCAAGUCACGGUUCAAUGAACGGAUCAGUCCGCAGGAAAGGAGAAUUAGACCAGUACAUUGAGGACAGAUGAUAGAUAACUUAUAGCAUUAUAGUAUCCCAUUGUUCCAGUUUCAUCAUGUUGACCAAAGUCUCAUUAUAGCUCUUGUCAAGUUUUACAUUGUUUACCAUAAUCACUUGUUUUUGAUAUAUAUGCAACCUUUAAAGGCCUGUUAAGCCUCAAAAAUACUAUAACUUGAGUUCUCAAAAGCUUUUUACUUUAGUGUCUUGUUACAGUUUCCGAAAAGUAACUCAUGGGUCAUAUCACUGAUCACUUUAUUGUUUCUUUGUUGUUUUGGCUAUUAGUACAGUUAUAUUGACAAUUAGUACAGUUAAAUUGGCAAUUAGUACAGCUAUAAUGGCAAUUAGUACAGUUAUAUUGACAA